GCGGUGUUGUGGACGCCUGUUAUAAAAGCAGGAAGCGCAGCCGUUUCUUUACAUCGGAUCCUCGUAUUGCCACGUGCGCAGCUGCCAACCAGCGCGCUCCCAGAGAUGACCCUGCGGUUGCCCCCCCUGGAUUAACUCUCAUGUAACUGCUGCGCUUUGCCCCCCCUCUGACUACACUCGACCCAGCGUCAGCCUCCCGGCUCUCCGUUUCCUGCCCUGCGCUCAUGGGGCGUGUGGCUGCGGGCGCGUGCGGGCACUGAGCGGACCUCAGGUGGAUGUAUGCGCGCGGAGCCGCGCUCAACGGCUAAGGCACGUGCGUGGACAUUGGAGCUCCUGGAGGAUGCCGCGUUGGUGCGCCGUGGUCUUGCUGACGGCCGUGCUCUGCCGGGUCGAGGGUACCCAAGCAUCAAGGUCGGACAUCAUAAAGUCAGGAAGCCCCAAAUCAACACUAAAACAUAUAUGGACAGGAAAUGGUAAGGAGAUGUCCAUCAGCAGGCUGCUGUCACAGACUUUACAAGGCAAAGAAAACAGCACAGCCUUGGACCUUCGCUAUGAUACUCCGGAGCCCUAUUCUGAGCAAGACCUGUGGGAUUGGCUGAGGAACUCCACAGAUCUGCAGGAUUCACGGCCACGAACAAAACGGCGGCCCAUGGUUAAGACAGGAAAGUUCAAGAAGAUGUUUGGCUGGGGGGAUUUCCACUCCAACAUAAAAACAGUCAAACUCAAUCUCCUGAUCACUGGUAAAAUUGUGGAUCAUGGCAACGGCACCUUCAGCGUCUACUUCCGCCACAACUCUACGGGCCAUGGCAACGUAUCCGUUAGCUUGGUUCCACCAACAAAGAUUGUUGAGUUUGAUGUGGCAGCACAGCAGUCGGUCAUAGAUGCCAAGGACUCAAAGUCCUUCAACUGUCGCAUAGAGUAUGAGAAGGUAGAAAAAGGUGCAAAGAACACACUCUGCAACUUCGAUCCAUCCAAGACCUGCUACCAGGAGCAAACUCAGAGCCAUGUGUCCUGGCUUUGUUCCAAACCUUUCAAGGUUAUCUGCAUCUUCAUUUCCUUCUAUAGCACCGACUACAAGCUGGUGCAGAAAGUGUGUCCAGACUACAACUACCACAGUGACACUCCGUACUUCCCCUCAGGCUGAUGUUUCUGAAUACUCCAAAGUAUGUGAGUGCUUCAAAGACUGGGGCUUCUAUCCAUCCCAGGGAAGCGGGUGCAUUAGCGGUACCAACACGUUCCUCUAUUCUUUUUCCCCGGCUCUGUGUUCACAGUUCUGUAGAAAGAGCACUUACUUUUACUGUUACCAAACCUAGAAAAUAGCAAUGUGUGAUGCCUACAACUAACCUAAAACGAUUAACUGAAACUAUGAUUGCUAUCCUAUUGAACUUUGAUCCUCAUCACGACUUUCCCCGUCUUAGCAGUGCUUAGAUUGCAACAGAUGCAUAGUUCUGUUUGAAUUUGUGAAUUCUGUACCUUUUUGAGUUCUUUAAGCGGCUCAUCCCACUUGAAACACCAGACACUGUAAUAUUUCUUUCUUUCUAUGUGUUUAUGUUUUUAGCAGCUCCACCUUUCUGACCAAACCUUGAAUGGACAGACCCUCGUUCCUGUGAUCUUUAAGUUUUGCAGUUUCUCCUGAAAACAAAACUAAACUUUUAUUGAUCUUAACAAAAUCUGGUAACAGUUGACAAUGCCGAUUCACCUGUGUGCUUUUGGAAAUGAGCUGGUCCAACCUGCAGAGUGUGGAUUGAAGGGGCUAAACCCCCCUGUGUCUUUGGGGGGUUGUGCAUUGCACCUUCGUCACUCCCCAACCGUCACCAGUGUUUUCCUCAUAUAGCCAUGUUUUGAGUCUGAUGGGUGACUGGUUGGUUACUGACUGAACUUCUGACUAUUCAGUUGUCAGUGGUAGGUGGGGGUGUGGGGGGGUCUAUUCUCACCUAACAUGAAAUGUAAUGUAAGAAAUUCUACUUCUAGGAUCCUAAUUUGUAUGAAUGGUUUGUAUAUAUACAUAGUUUAUCUGGAUGAAGCUGCUUCUGUACAUGUCCCACAUGAGCUGUGCCCCCACAACCCUGCCACGCUUUUGUUCUCCCCCAUUUAUGCUCGUUCUUGAUUUCCUCAAAGAAACGAAACAAUAUUGCUGCCCUAGAUGUGAAGUUUGUGAAAACUAAAAUCCUGUACAGAAGUUUUAAAUAUGACGAAAAAUAUGAAAACUAUUCUCUGAAAAUGUCUUUUUGGGGUCAAAAGGGAAGAUUAGAGACACUAAUAAAUGAAAUCAGUAAAUUGUGUCAACCCAA